CAACAUCGUAAUUACACGCAGAUAUUGGGAACCGGACCGCAGCCACAAGGCAACCACCUCUCUCAGCCUCUUCUGGGACUCUCCGUUACGUUGCGGCUGUUACCUCGAUUCUGAGCGAAGACGUGAGGCCAUCUUGCCCUACCGCAACACUCUGGAAAUUGACUCACGCCUCGUUCGCCCUGGUUUGAUGCUACAUUGCUGCGGGCGGCCUCGAAUAUUGCUAAAUACCCUGGUCGUUUCUUCCGUUGAUCUGCCACGCAUCAUUACAUAUACGCUCCGCAUUCACAUUUUGGACUGAACACUUUGUUAAUAUCGAAACGACAUAUAUACAUACUUCACACCAAAUAUCGGCCUGAUCUCUAGCAUUCAUGAAGGCUGCUGCCUCUACAGUCAUGGAUCUAUCCAACCCAGAAACCAACCCCCAUGCACCUUUGCGCCUGUUAUCGCUAGAUGGAGGUGGUGUCAGAGGGCUCUCAAGUUUGAUGGUGCUAGACGAUUUGAUGGAGAGCAUUGCGCUUGAAGAAAAGAGAAUCGGAAGACGUCCUCAAAGCUCCACAACACCACUGAAGCCUUGCGACUACUUCGAUCUUAUCGGCGGAACAAGCACUGGUGGUAUAAUCGCAAUCCUACUCUCACGUCUACGACUCGAUUGCAAGCAGUGCAUCAGCAUAUAUUCCAAACUAGCCGAAGAAAUCUUCAAACAUGACCGCUCCAUCAUGCUAUUCGGAGCCAAGCUCCCCACAGGCGCAACCCGAUUCUCCGGUCUUGUGCUCGAGAAAGCUAUCAAGUCAGCCCUAGUCGACCUUAAGUACAGUGAGGAUGAGUUGAUGUGGGAUGACUCCCUCUUCGAGGAAGUGGACGAGAACGAUCUUCCACGUGAUAGCAUCUGGGCGGACGCACUUCCUAGCAUACUCACUGAAAGCCCAACCGCUACGUUGAAGGGUUCAGUGGCAACCUUACCAAAUGAUAGUACUGCAAUGCCUAUCAGCAAUGUAGCGGACGAACAACCGCCGGCACCAAAAGACCCUUUUUCGGACCCACGGCUAAGGACUGCAACUUGGAAAAUCCACCCUCGAGGCUCGGUGCAUAGGAAAGCCAACCAAAAAGGCUGCCGUGGGUUCGUUCUGACCUCGCUGAAGAACGCACUAGGCUUGCCCCGAAUCCUAUCAACCUACGAUCCCAACGACCGCCAAACCCGGAUCUGGGAGGCUCUCCGAGCAACCUCAGCGGCCCCGACUUUCUUCGAAGAAAUGCAAUUCGGCACGCCCAAAGUCACGUAUCUAGACGGAGGCGUUGGCUUCAACAACCCCUGUGCAGAAGUCGACUACGCCGCCAAAGCACUCUGGGAAGGCCGCUCAAUCGGCGUCAUAGUUUCCGUUGGCACAGGUCUCCAAUCCAUCCCCUCCGUCAAGAAAAUGGCGUCCUGGCUCCCGUUUGGCCUGGGAACCGACAUCUCUCUCGCGUCAGCGCUCGCCGGUAUGGCUACUAGCACUGCCCGUGUCGACAACGAAAUGAAGCGUAUGUACUACAACACCGAUACAAAAUACUACCGCUUUGACGUUGACCGUGGACUCGCCAACAUCUCGCUGGAGCAGUGGAUGAAAGAAGACGAAAUGGCCGCGCUGACUGAGCAGUACAUGCGCGAUGCUAAACAACUCCGGUCAGCCCGCAACUUUGGCGAAAUCAUGGCGAAGCUCUCGGCGCUACCGCCGAAGUUUGAAAUCGGCGCGACCCAUUUCCGCGUCGGUAUGGAUGGAAAGGGGCUAAUAGAUCAAUCUUUCCAACUGGUGCAGGUCGAUUUUAAGACCGGUAUGCCAUUGGGUGUGGCUCCGCAUCUUGAAGAUAUGCCAAGGAUGUCACAAUUUCGGACGAGUAGUCCGUCGGGUGAGGGUGGGCUUGCCAUUGAUGAGGAUGGGAAGCUGCGGAAAGUGUAUCCCGUGGCCGAAGAUCUGGAUCAUGAUGGUCGCAGGGAAGAAGCUGCUGUAUACCAAUGCACCCGCACUGACAAUGUGUGUUUGCGCACCAUCAAAACAGGGAUUCCGCAGGGGAGAUACCGCGUCCAGUUCAUCGUGUCCUUCCAGAACAGCAAAUACACGCCUCCCGCGGACCUGGUGUUCUCCGUCGGCAAGCCCUUCGACGCGGAAACUUUCGCGAAUCGCUUCGUCGACGUGCAUAUCACGCCUGAUGUCGUUCCUGUCUUACUGCAUCCUGACGCCGUUAGGGUCCGUGUCGGACGGGAGAGAUAUGCGGAGCAUAAGGGUAAGGGAUGGUUGGAGAUUGAAGGCGAUAUUGAGGUUAGUGUUGGCCUGGAUGGAGCGCUUGGAUUUGUCGUUAGUAAGAGGUUUGAGGAGGGUGUCUUUCUUGAUGGCUGGAGUUUUGGAGGUGUACGGUUAGAGCCGGUUUUUGGGAAUGAGCUGACUCAUAGUGUCUGUAGAACGAUGGUAUUCCCUACAAGGCAUACUCCAAUACCCUUAACAAAUUCCACUCGCACACGCAAACUCUUUAUCCCACUCCAUUCUACCUACUUCUCCCCCUCAACCAGGACUGCACUCUCCCCCAACUUCUCCACACUCGGCUGCUGUACCUGCCUCCCAUUCCACUUCCUCAUCAAAUUGUCCAACCGUUUCCUCAACCCAUACUGCAGCCAAAAAGGCAUGCCCCUCAAUUUCGCGGCCAAAAACCACCCGCUCUCCGGCUGCAACAUAUGUGCACUUCGUCCCUUCAACACCGCCUUCACAAUCUCUUCCGCGACCGUCUCCGGGUACAACACUGAUGAAUCAAAGCCCUCAAAGAGUUUGGUGCGCGUGUACCCCUGA